CCCAUGGUCCACGCAAAUCGUUGGUGUUGUUCAAAGACGCGCCAUUGUCCUUGUAACUUUUAGGCAGCUAGCGGUUCUGCCGGCGUACAGUGACCAGCACCGUUUCAUCGGACGACUUUCUUCCAGUAGUUUAUUGCCGCAUUUAUUUUUCAGACAGGACGGUGAGGAAUUACAAGAUAUUUUCUGGACAGCGUCCUUGGGGCCCCACUGUCAAUCCACGAUGAUCACCAGAAGAAGAGGACUCGCCAUAAACAACACAGAUGCAAAGUCUCUGGAGGUUGAAGUGAAAACUGCCGAAGAUUUCCCAACUCCAUCUGAGGAGUUCCCAACUUACGACAUUGACACCGCUGGAAUAGAGCUCGAAGACCUGUUUGGAAUAGAAGAAUUAAAAUGGACACUUGAAAGAGAUGCUGCAUCCCCAGCCUUUGAUAUUGAGUUGGCUGAUCUUGGUGUGUUUGGUGCCAAAGACCAGGAUUCUGAGGUUGACGUUUCAACGGCCUCAUCUCCGGAGAGAUCAUCGUCUAAUUUGAAGAUUAAGCACAGGCAAAACCAGUCAGGCAACAUGAUCAACAAAAAUGCCAUUGCUGCCAGAUUGAAUCGUCUCAGGAAGAAAGAGUACGUCACCAGCUUGGAGAAGAAAGUUGGCAGCCUGUCAUCAGAAAACAAUGCGCUCAAACAGGAGAACUCUCAGCUGACCAAGAGAGUGGAAGAAUUGGAAGAUGAAACCAGGUACUUGAGGGCUGUGCUAGCCAAUGAGAGCAUGUUAGCCCAGCUCUUGUCCAGGCUGAGCGGUGUGAAUGGGAUGAAAUUAUCUUCCUCACUUUUCCAGGGGCCCGACCCAAACGACCACGACUAUGCUUUACCGAGGAAGCGCGUGAAAGUGGAGGAGAAAGAGACAUCUGGUGGCGUGUGUCUGCACGUGGACAAGAACCACGUCUCAGUGGAGUUCUGCACUAAGUGUGCAGAGAGUGCAAGCACAUCGCUCAAAAUUUUCUUCUAGGUUAUGGUUGAUCCACCAUCCGGGAUGAGUGGCUUUCUGAACACCUUUACCUGCCUGACUCCAUGGUAAGGAUCAGACAAGAAACUACUCCUUUGAAGUUGUCUUUCACAAGCCUCAGACGUUCAGCAGCAACCUUAGUGCUAUAAUUUUAAUACACUUACUGUUUCCAGUUUUGAGUACUUUUUGUCAUUUCUUUUGUUAACGGUUUUUGUUAAAGGAAAUUAUUUGAUUUUAGUUAACAUCUAAAUGUGAGUUAAAUUGUAGUAUCCUGUAUAAAGAUGUUAAGAUAAAGGUGAAGCUCCACAAAGAGUGAUCUUGAAUCAGCUGUCAAAUUGGAAAUGCUGGGGAAAAAAAUCAAGACUGUAAAUAUUUUCUUUUGGAAAGAAUUGAUCUCUUUGUGAACCGGCACCAUUGUACAAAAGAAUGCUUUCAUUUAGCGCCACCUAUUUUUCUUUAUGCUAAAGUGGAUUCUGCUGGUGGAAGGGGAAGAGGCUGGACAAGCUGCUGCCAACGUGGCCUGGUAUUUUUUAAAGGUAGUAUCGGUAACAAAUGGUAUACGUGAUUAUAUUUUACCAAUACUUCACACCUGUAGCUCUUGUCACCGUAGCCCAUGCAGCAGUUUUUUGGGGGGGGGGGGUCGACUACAGCUGCUGCUGUUGCUGGGAGCAACGCUAUCAGAGGCUUAAACAGUCUCAUGAUUAUGUCUGGUAUUUAUUGACAUAAUGGGAUGUAUUAAUAACUAAAUACAUCCAGAAUUAUCUGAUUUAAGUGGUGAAAUUGCCAUUUUGUGUAACUAAAUGUAAAUGUGUAUAUACCUUUGAACACAUAUUGUUUGAGGCAAAUGACCUUGAUGUUGGACAAAUAAAUCAUAUUUUGAUUAUA